AUGGUUAACCGUUACGUCUUUGCUGUUGCCGGCCUUGCCGCCCAGCUGAACGCUUUGCCCUUGAACAUCAACUUGGGCGCUUAUUCUCCUGCCUUGGUGGUGGGUGAUGGUGAAAUUUCAUUCGGCGGUAGAAACGAUGUCUCCCAGUUGAUGAACGUGCUGGAGGGCGCGGCAGUUAAUGCUGCUCAAGGUGUUGCGAACGCUCCCGCCGCCGCUCCCGCUGCCCCCGCCACCAACGCUCCCGCACAGCAGCAGCCCAAGCCCGCAGCACCCGCUGCUCCUGCUGCUGCUUCCGUUGGUGGUGCGACCCCCGUUACUGCUACUUCAGAGAGCAACAGCAUCGACGAGGCUCAGGCCAUCGCCGCCCUUCAGGGCAUGGGCAAGGAGAUCGCUCCCCGUGUCUCGCUCACCAAGGCCCGCGCCCCGGCUCAGCAGAAGCGAGACCUCGCCGGCUUCGACCGCGCCCUCAAGUUCGCCGAGGCCGCCCUUGUUAAGGGACCCAAGAUCCAGCUCGGCACCGGCGAGGGUGGCUCUGGUGUUGGUAUGAUCGUCGACAACAACCAGCAGGCCGCCGCUCGUCCCGGUAAGGGUGGAGCUGAGGGCGGUGCCGCUGCUGGCGGUGCUGCUGGCGGAGCUGCUGGCGGAGCUGCCGGUGGUGCCGCCGGUGAGGCUGCCGCUCCCGCUGCUGCCCCUGUCAUCGUUGCCCAGCAGAAGGUCAAGGCUCGCGCUGAGGAACCCCAGCAGCCUCCCCGUCGCCGCGCCAAGGUCACCACUAUGUACGUCCGCUCCGGCGUUCCUGCUGGCGUCGAAAUGACCCCUGAGAAGCUUGUCGCUCGUGACCCCAUGCCCGCCGGUACCCCCGUUGCCCGCCAGGUUAUGUCCGCCAACAACGAGAUUGUCAAGCGCGCCGAGGAGGAUCUGUCUAAGCGUGGCUCAGGCGGCGCUAUCGACACCGUCAACUUGAACGUCAGCGGCGAGGGUGUCACCAUGACUUUCGUCGAGAGCGAGGCUGAGGAUGAGCAGCAGUAA